AUGUCAUUUUUUCAACCUGUAGAGUUAAUAAGAAAAAGAAAUGUGGCCACUCAAGACUUUAAAGACUAUUUAUUUCAAUUUAAAGUUGUAAAAAGAGAAAAUGGAAAUUCGAGUAUUAAAUCAGUAUGUAUUUGGAAGGAAUAUGUAGUUAUUGGCUACAAUAAUACGGUUUCGUUACAUAACAUAAAAGGAGAAUGGCUGCAAAAAAAAUACAGUUGCAAAGAGAAUGUUAGCUUCUUAAAAUUUCGAGAUGAAAAAAUGUUAGGAAUUGGUAUGGAAAAUGGUAAUAUAGAAUUAAUAGGGGUAUUUUUUUUUGAUAAAAUAAAAAAUUUAAAGGGGCAUAAAUCAUCAAUUACUGAUAUGUGCUUUAGUUCGAAUUUUCAAAAAUUAUAUUCAUGUUCUCGUGAUUUCACUAUUAAAAUUUGGAACAUAUUAGAAGCCAAAUGUGAAGAUACGCUAGAUUAUCAUAUUGAUAGUAUAACCAGUAUGUGUAUGUAUAUAAAAAAUGAAGAUAAUUAUUUAAUUAGCUCGAGUUAUGACGGAUAUAUUUAUUUUUAUAACUUAAAUAAAAAUGAGAGUCCAAAUAAACUAGAAUUAAAAUCACCUAUAGAAUAUAUACAUAUAUAUAAAGAUAAAUAUAUAUUUGUUGCCGUAAAAAAUGUUAUCAAAAUAUAUUCUCUCGAAAAUUUUGAUUUUAUAAAAGAUAUUACAAUAACUGCAAAAACUAUAUAUUUUUUAAAUAGUUUUAAUAAAUACAUUGUAGCAGCUAGUAUUGAUAAAACUGUAUAUUUUAUAGAUCCCCAAUUAAAACAUCCAGAGAAAAUAAAAGUUGUAAGCAUAUUUACAACUAUCCAGCCAUCAAAAUCUGUAUCAAUGUAUGAAAAUACUAUAUGUCUAGGAAGCAGUAUGGGAUCCUGGAGUAUAUAUGGAUAUUGUGAAAGUGAAAAAAAAACGAUCAAUAAUAAAAGAAAGCAUUCUAUUAUAAAUUUGGAGGAAGAAAAAUACCGAAUUACAAAUAAAAAUAUAAAUAACUAUCUUAAAAGAUUUAAAUACAACGAUGCAUUAAUUGAAGCAAUUACUUAUGAAAGUAGCAGCAUGUUAUCAUUAAUAGAUUAUUUAUCCAAACAAAACAUGUUGUUUGCAGCAUGCUCUACAACUUGUGAGGAGAGAAUAUUAAAAAUAUUAAAAUUUUUCAGAUACAAAUUUGUUAUAGAUAUAUUAAUGUUUGAAUUUUUGUUUUCCUUUUUAAGUGCGAAUAAAUGGAUUGAAACUUCGAAAAAUAAACAGAUCUUGGAUAUGCUUCAGGACUUAAAAAUUGGUUUUAAUAAAAUGGUAAAAAUUUCAGAUUAUUAUAAGAACUUAAAAGAAAUUACUGACGAUUUAAAAAAAAAGUAA